UACCAAAUGUCACACCCCCGCCUGCGCGGGGCAUGUAAGGCACCUAGUGCCCACGUGCGGGCUACAUGAGGGGGAAACACGGAGCUCCCUGCUAAAUAUUGUCAGGUUUCGGAGCCUGCACGCGUGCACACAUGCCGCUCAGACUGCUCCCCAGUUUUAUUUUCCAUUCAAAAUGCGUCUGCAGGAUUUGGAAACAUCUGCCUCAUAUGCCCAGGCUCUGAAACGAGUCUAGUCGAUGUGGAAUCUUUCAAAAUCCGGUUCUUUUUUUUUUUGUCAGCACUAUAAGCACCGUCACGUCGCGUCGCGUUGCAAAGCUGUGAGCGGAAGAAGGGCAAGGAGAGGAUGUCAAGUAAGGAACAAAAAAUACAAAAAAAAGGAGCGCCGGAGAACAUGGCCGGAGCACGUGUCGUUGCAGCUCUCCACCGAGCAAAAUGCAAGAGACAUUUUGGAAAAUUUGGACGCAUUCGUUCUAACUUGCGUCGCUUUUUAAAAUUUGGCCUCCAGGUGUAUCAGACCCAUCCCACGCGUGGCGUCACUGCAAAAGAUUUAUGUAACGUACUUCAACUGGGGAGGGAGAAAGAGAGAACUCGCAUAGGAACUAUCAUCAUCUCAGUCCUUCACGUUUUCAGCACCACUAUCAGAAACCAUCAUCCCUCAUGACUACUUCUUUCUUGAACUACUGCUAGGCUUCUUUCAGGUUUGUAGGACCAACCAAUCAAGCGCACCAAUGGCGGAGUCUGCCAUGAUUGAAGAAGUACAAGAAAUACAUGAGAGCAACAUGAAUGAAAUGUAUACAAGUGAUGGAUCUGUUGAUUGGAAGGGCCAGCGCGCAGUCAAGGGUAAAUCAGGGGGAUGGAGUGUUGGAAUUCUACUGCUUGCGAACCAAGGGCUGGCAACCCUAGCAUUCUUCGGUGUUGGGGUGAAUCUGGUGAUGUUCAUGACAAAAGUCCUGCACCUGGACAACGCAGAGGCAGCGAACCAUGUCAGUACCUGGACUGGAACAACCUACAUGUUCUCCCUUUUAGGGGCAUUUGUCAGUGACUCCUACUGGGGAAGAUACAAGACCUGUGCCGUCUUUCAAAUAGUCUUCGUCAUUGGUCUGGUAGAGCUAUCACUGUCAUCCUACCUCCUCCUACUCAAACAUUGUGUUCCUGGAGAUGGAACUGCAAAUUGUGAGCCACCAACAGACCUGGAGAUCAUUGUAUUUUACCUAUCCAUUUACCAAAUUGCCCUGGGAUGUGGAGCCUACCAGCCUGCUAUAACAACUUUUGGGGCAGAUCAAUUCGAGGAAGAUGACAGAGAGGAAGGAGGAUCAAAGGUCGCCUUCUUUAGCUACUUUUACAUGGCUAAUAACCUUGGCACCCUGGUUUCCAACACUCUCCUAGCAUAUCUUGAGGACAAGGGGAAAUGGGUCAUCAGUUUCUCGAUCUCCACAGGUGCCGCAUUUAUCGCACUGGUCCUGUUCUUCACAGGGACCCCUCGAUUCAGGCACUUCAAGCCUGGUGGCAACCCUCUAACCAGAUUUUGCCAAGUAAUAGUUGCUGCUCUGAAGAAAUGGAAGAGGGUUACCAUGUCCCUCCGUGGAGAGGAUUUACAUGAAGUUGAUGGGAAACCAGGUGCAAACAAUGGAGGCAGAAAGAUACUCCACACCCCAGAUUUCAAGUUCUUGGACAGAGCAGCAGUGGUAACACUUGAGGACCUCCCUCCCCAAGACCAGCAGCAUCCUAAGAAUAAGUGGAGACUCUGCACAGUUACACAAGUCGAAGAAGUCAAGUGCAUAUUGAGACUCAUCCCCAUCUGGCUCUGCACCAUAAUCUAUUCAGUUACAUACACUCAGAGGGCGUCUGUAUUUGUCGAACAAGGCGCCACCAUGAAAAAUUCUCUCUCAGAAUUUCGUAUCCCUCCAGCAAGCAUGUCCAUAUUUGAGAUACUAAGUGUAACAGUAUUUGUUCUUCUCUACAGACUAUAUAUCAUCCCUCUCUUAUCAAGAUUAUGGAAGAGCAACCAUAAAGGGUUAACCGAGCUUCAAAGAAUGGGGAUUGGGAUUGUUAUCUCAGCAAUGGCAAUGGUUUCAGCUGGAGUUGUGGAGUUGCAGAGACUAAAAUACAGUAAGAAUGAUCAUGAAGCAAGCAAGGGCUCAAGCUCAUUGAGUAUCUCGUGGCAAAUCCCUCAGUAUGUGAUGGUUGGAGCUUCUGAAGUGUUUAUGUAUGUUGCUCAGAUGGAAUUCUUCAAUAAUCAAGCCCCAGAUGGAUUAAAGAGUUUCGGGAGUGCCCUGUAUGUUGCAUCUAUGUCAGCUGGGAGUUAUGCGAGCAGCUUUCUUGUGACAAUAGUUGUGGAAAUCACUGGAAAAGGUGAUCAAAUAGGUUGGAUAUCUAAAAAUCUUGACAAGGGUCACAUGGACAGGUUCUAUUUUCUAUUAGCAGCACUGGCCACCAUCGACCUAUUUGUCUUCAUGGCAUGCGCCAAGCGGUACAGAUGGACUCUGUUUGAUGGAAAAUUAGGGGUUGUGAAUGAUGUUUAGGAUGUGUUGUGAAUCAAUAUGUGAUCCACGUUAGGUUAGGCUGCUGAUAGAUGUCGAUGAGAGGGUGUGUCUGUAUUUGUCAAUUGACAGCUUAUGCUACUGCUACUUUGUCAGAAGACUCAGAACCAAAACAAUAAACUUAUUUUCUGUUUCAAGCUUCCAAGAAACUCUUCUAUAUACUGGUCUAAGAAUGGUGUUGAAUUCAGCUUUCCUUCAUUUGCUCACAGUGAAAUCCUAGAAAUAGUUCUGCUUGCUGACUAUGUUUGACCUUUAGGUAAUGAUAGUGUGAACUCUAUGGGAUCUAAUCUACUCAGAAAGCAUAAAAUAUGCUUCAUAAUAAAAGAAAAGUUCAAUGAUCCUUUUGGACAUGCAGAAAUGUUUCUCUCUUCCUUGUAUGAUUGACAAGAUGUUAUGCUUGCUAGAAUUACUACAGAUAAAACAGAAAAGGAACAGUUAAGACGACCAUAAUUGUUGGCAUGAAAAUGCUGCAUGAAAAUAAAAGUAGAAGCGGUCCAAAGCAGGGAAUCAAUAACACAAUGCAUUGAAUUUACAAAAGGAAAAGACAAUAAAGGAAGAUGUCCAGAAACUUCUAUGAAAAAUAUAUCCUAUCACCGUCAAGGAAUUAGAAGUCGAAACGCUGUUUCAGUAAACACUCAUUCUGGCAUUGAUAAAGAUGGAAAAAAAACUGUGUGCUGCUUUGAUAAAAGAAGGUAAUGAAAGACUAAAUUCCUUAACAAAGGAAGUUGCAAAGUUGACAGAAAAGAAAGACGUGCCUGAGUUGAUAUAGUCUUUUGAAUUUAAAACCAACAUAGUAAAAUGAUUUUGUUAACGCAUAGUGCCACUAUGGAAUCCUCAUUGAAAUUGCAUAUGAAGCCAUUUUGAUCUGAUUACUGAGAAGGAAAUAUGCAGCUCGAGCAUGGAGGUUUUUGCAACUUUAGACAAAUCGUUCAGUUAUGCAACAUUUCUCAUAGGGAAGAGGAUGCUGAUCACAUGCAUGCUGCACAAUGUGGUGCAGCACAAAAGACCUCUGUCAACCUCAUCACUCCAUAAUCCACUUGUGAAGAUUACUAAUACUAAGUUCACCUGAAUCUUUUGCACGUUAUGCAGUUGAAAGCCAUCUCCUUUCCAAUCUAUCUCUUUCUGAGUCUCAUUUUCUUCCAAGGAUGCUCAGUGUUCGGAAGGAAGCACUACAAUGAACUUCAUAAUAGGCUCUUCAAAUCAAAUCGGCAAAUGUGGGUUGUUUUCCUAUCUUCUCCAGGACUUCACAUAUCUACCAGCAACUAUAACUCUACUAUUACUUUACAAUCAUCCACUUAAACAAGCAUUAUUGACUAAAUCUCUCUCUCUCUCUCUCUCUCUCUCUCUCUCUCUGUGUGUGUGUGUGUGUGUUCGCUUGUGUCUUUUUGUUUGCAUGCAUGUGUCUCUGUGGUUUCGGGAUAGGGUUUUGGUUUGGGCAGGGGUUGCAAGGAUGAGCACAUGGCUGCACACAAUUGUACACUAGGCACAAGCAAAUGCAUGCUUAGAAUCAAAAGAUUUCGAGCUUACAAAUGAUCUGAAUAAGUCCCAGAAGAUUAGAACAUAUAAAGAGACAAUGUUAGAGAUAAGCAUUUGAAAGGUAUUAAGAUGACUGGAUAUGAUUUUUUUUAAUACAUACCUAAACCUGUCAUUAGUGUAUUUAUUCUCGUAUGAAGUUUUCUGUAAAAUAAUGAAAUUUUUUGGAAAAAUGAUAGGCUCUUGCAUUCAAGUCCUUUUCAAUAUAGCAUAGAUUCUAUGUGAGUAUGCAUAGAUGCAUGGAUGUAUGUCUACAUGAUUGUACUCAAUGGAAGCAUAUUACAAAGAUUUCUAGAAUCUCUUCUCAAACACCAUUUCACAUUCAAUGGCUUCCCUUGAACCGAAAUGAUCUUUCAUAGUUCUAACACCAUAUAUUUGUACAAGCCAAAAAAAUGAAAAAUAAAAAAUACCUUAUGAUACCAUUUUGUUAUGACACCAUUUUAAGCCAGGCCUAAACAUGGUUAAUGCAAAGUUAUGUCAUUUUUUUGCAGGAGGAAGAGAACUUUAUGUCUAGUGGAUGUCAAUGAAACAAUGAAAGGCUAAAAGCAUUCUUUGUGUGGCUUUUUAUGUUUAUUUAUUUUUGAAGUGUUUUUAUUGAGUACCACAUGGAAUUGAAUGUGUUGGAGGGAUGCAGGGUCAGUGAUUUACUGGUCUAGGGGGAGCGUCGAUGGGACGGAGCACUGAUCAGAGAUGCCUUUGGGGAGGAGCUAGCUAACAGGAUUUUGGCGAUUCUGGUCCCUCGGGGGGAGACAUUGCAUAGUUUGGUGUGGGCUUCCACAGGAAUGCCCACGGUGCGGGCUGUGGACUUACAGGAGGUGUUAGGAGGGGGAGCUACUCGGCAGAUGGAGGGCAGAUGGAUUUGGCGGAUGUGUCUUCAUCCCCGAGUGGCCUUGUUCCUGUGGAAGGUUGCCUAGGGGUGCUUACCAACCAGGAGUGUCUUGGCUAGGAGGGGCGUCAGGAUUGCGCCGAGUUGUGACAGAUGCCUUGACACGAAGGAGUCCAUCAGUCAUGCUUUGUUUGGAUGCCCACGAGCAGUACAAAUAUGGAGACAGGUCCUGAGUCCACCGAGUCGGGCUUUCCAUUCAGUUGACGACUUCCUACGACAGAUGCAGGCGACCCUACGUAGCUCGAGGACGACUGUGUGGGGUGUUAUAUGUGUAUAUGUGGCAUAUCACAUAUGGUUGGAUAGGAAUGCCCGUGUCUUCGAAGGCAAGUGGACGUCUCCGAGGUGUAUUGUGGAGCGCGCACUCCUUCAGGCAGCAGAGAUCACCAGAGUUACUAUGUCAGUUUCCUUUAGGUUGGCCAGGGACAUCUAGGACUCCCCUCAUGCUACUACAACGCCCAGGACAGCAUAUGUCUCUUGGGCGCCCCCACCCCCAGGCCAUCUCAAAGUGACCUUUGAUGGUAGUGUAUCUGGUGAUGGAGACAGAGCAGGUAUUGGCUUUGUGAUUCGGAGCCAUGACUCUAGAUUGAUAGCUGCCGUGGGGCGGAGUAUCGUUGGCUUGUCAGUGGUCGGGGCAGAGCUUAAGGCAGCCUGGAAAGGCAUCUCCAAUGCGAGGGGGGUGUUGGGGGCGGAGUGCAUUCUUCUUGAGGGGGACUCUGCGAUGGUGAUCGAUUGGAUUCAGAAAAAGGGAAGGAGGGAGGAUGGCAACCCCCUGCUUCGCGAUCUCCGACGGAUGGUGGAGGGCUGCAGCAUCUUCCAGGCUGUGCACGUAUACCGAGAGGCGAGCGAGGCCGCCGAUUGGGUUGCUGCCCAGCACUCAGGAGAGGUCCAUUGGACAGACCAGAGGGUUGUUCUCCUAGUUUUGAGUCAUUGUCUUUUUCUUGAUUCUACUGAUUACAUCCACGCUAGAGUAGCAUGAGCAACCGCUGUACCAAAAAAAAAUGUGUUGGACAAAUCUGAAGUAUAAUCUUACAUAUAGCAAAUGCGUGCAUGACAAGGUUCCCAAAAUUGGUACUUACAGCUUAUGCCGGGGGUGUUCCGGCUUUUUUUUUAUUUUCAGAUUUUGAACUGAAUUCAGCAUAGGAUUUGUCGACUUCAAUUUAAAAUUCAAAAAUAAAAAAAAAAUGUUCAAAACCAAAAAACCUUUAAAAAAAAUCACCCCCUAUUCCAAAACAAAGACGGUGGGAGAGAGAGGAGAGGGAGAAAAGGAGAGAAAAAGAGAGAGAUGGAGUAGGGAGAGAGGGAGAGAGGGAGAGGGAGGGCGGAGAGAAAGAGGAGCAGGAGGAGGAUGGGUUUCUUACCUAUGACGCUGGAGAGGGGGACAGAGGGGGCGAGGUUGAGCGGAGGAGAGCUCCGAGCCGUCACAAGCGCCACCAAGAGAGAGGCGUCUCGAAACAUCGUAAAGAAAGGGGGCAACGAGUGCUAUUAACCGAGCUAGGGAGAUGAGGAAAGCAACAAACCAAUUUAAGUAGCAUAACCAUGUUGAUCCCUAACCGAUCCGGUUUGGUAUGCCCCAAACCAGCCGAUUUGGCAUAGUUUAACUUUCCUUGAUGUAUAAUGUGAAGAAGUAAAUGAAACUAACAUAUUUCCAAAAUAUUUAACACUCUAAAUCCCUAUUUAUACACUAGAGACAUUUCUAAAGAUAUUAUAAAAA